AUGGCUGCUGAGGCAUGGCCUGCUCCAGUUGCCAGCAUUGCCGGGCAGACCGGGAUGCUGUGUGAAACCCCGACAGCUGCCGAGACACGGCCCGCUCCAGUUGCGGAGGUUGCCGGGCGGCUGAAGGGACAGCUCGCUCCGCUUGCCAAAUUUGUCAUGGUGCUCGCUUCACUCGCUGUUGCCCUCUAUUUAGGGACUAGCUUUUCACCCAUCGCGUGGCGACGGCGCAACCAUGCUUAA